ACCGUUUUCGCAGAGAGUGUGCGUGUCGAUCGGCGAGAAGAAGUGUGCUCGCUGGUUAGUUGAAUUCGAGAGCCGGCGAAGGCAUGGUGCGCGAACGGAGACCAUGACGCCAGGGAUAUACGCUGCGUGCCUCUCUCCUUUGCUCUGCUCGUCUUCAGUGAAAACUAGGUGAAUGUGUAAACAAUGGUAGCAUGCACAACGAGCGGCUCUCUGCCUUUGGAGGCGUUAAACAGCAAACCCUUUGGCUCCGAGUCCAGUUUUCCGUUCCGCUUGUCCGCGGACAGGAUGUCGGUGGUCAGUUCGGAUCAGCAAUCAGUGUACAAGCAGCGGAUCGACUCCAUGUUCGAUGACACUCGUUCCUCUCUGUAUGGACACUCGCCAUCCAAACUGCCGAGCAACGUUGUACAGGCGAAAAUCGAGAAGAUGUUCCAGGAGGUGACUUCAUCUUCGUCUUCUGACGACGAACGAAAUGGCCAACAGCAGAUGAAUGAUUCACAAAUGGUUCCGAAUAAUACCAAUGAAAAGGAGAGUUUUGCUGUCAACUAUCUGGGAAAGGUUCCACUGACAGAAAACAAGACCACUUUGCAAAACCUGCAAGUGCCACUGCGCCAGCUUUACUUCCGCUACAAAGCCGACUCGGAGCCCGUCUCGAGCUCCUCGAGUCGAUUGGAAAUUUCGACGCAAGGCCUGAAGCUGACCCAGCCGGGCAGUGCCAAACCCGAGCUGCACUCUUUCUCCACGAUCGCCGUUUGGGCGGCUGUCAAGUGUGUCACGCGAGAGGAAGGCACCUUGGCCGCCUUCCUGCCGCUCAUCUCAGACCCUGACGGCCACGACAAGAGCUCCCUUUUCGAAGAGCUGAUAGACGACCGCGACGUGGAGGUGUUAAAGGGCAGCCACUCGCCCCUGUUGGCGGUCAUCAUGCGCCAAAGGGGCGCCGUCAGACAACUCUUCUGCCACGCGUACGAGUGCAGUUGCGCGGAAGACGCGAUCGUGAUUGCUGCCAACCUGUACCAAGCACUCAUGGUCAACCUGAAGAGCAAACCUCAGCAUGGAGUUCAAAAGAAGUCGAGCAGCGUGACUCGGCAUCCGUCGUCUGUCACUUCGGCAGACGGCAACAAUAAAGCCCCAGUUCCUCCGGCGCGCACGCGACGGCCAAAGCAGCACGACAAGAUUCUCACUUCCACCAGUGAAAACACGACUGACGAGGACGCCAGGAUGUCCGCGGGACGGGAGCGGCGCCGCAGCCAGCAGGAGCACGCGGGCGACAUCCUCACCAAGAUCACCAUCCCGAAGAGCCGCAGCUUCCUGGUGCGCAACGGCGGCAGCAGCCUGCACGAGCUCUUCGCCGAGCUGCGCUCCCAGGAGGGCGUGUCCAACAUGGACGAGGUGCUCGAGAAGAUCGUCAACGCCAACGGCAUGUCCUACAACGACCUGAAGCCGCUCUACAAGGAGCUGCUGCUCAAACUGGCCGUCACCCUGACCAAGGACGAGCUGUACCAAAGAAGUAAGAACAUCAUGAAGAGGCAGGCGAAGCAGACGAGGAAAAGGGGUAGACGCAAAAGGGGCAUCAGGCACGCAUUCCGAAAGUCGGUCAAGAAAAUCAAGGGCUCGUGCCAGAGAGGUGCGAAGGAUGAUGACCUGUCGAACCUAGUUCCAAGGAGAAGGCCGCGGUCAAGUUCCACAAGUUCAUCCUGUCAAAGCCAGAACGUUACGCGACCUCGUCGCAACACUGACGCGGUCGAGACUCGCCUCUCCAACAUCGCGCACAAGGAAAUGCGGCGUCAGGCGCAGCACCUUUUGCGAAAGAAUGAGAUGAGCGCCAGGGUUCGUGAAUCGUCGUCGGGGUACGUCUCCUGCAGCGACUGCAGCCUCACGUCUUGCCUCUGCGACACGGACAGUUGCAUGGACAGUGACAAGUGCUACUGCUCUCUUCAAAUCAACAAAAAACAGUUUGUGACUUCAUCCUCGUGGCGGCACCAUUUGAACAAGCCGCCAAGCAACCGCACGAGUCGAAGUUUGCAAAUGUUGCUGGAGCAGCCGAUCACAAAGAGCAGACGGCCCAGCUCUUAUUGCAGCCGGAUGAAUGUUUACGACGUGCUGCCUUCGGAAACCGCUACCGUCUCCUCUAGACCCAAGUACCAAAGCGUCAGCGUCGAUAAUCUGGCUCUCGACUAUGAACUGUUCAGGUACAAUGCAGCACGUCAAGCAGCGAGGCGGGCGUCUCUGCAGCAGCAGCAACAGCAAAGGGUGAUGGUGGUUUCAGCUCGCGAUGAUCGCGGCCGGCUUAUCUACACGGGCGACUCGCAAAGGUCGCGUCCCCGACGGAGCAGCAGCCUGGCCAGCGAGGCGCUCGCGGUGAAGAAGACGACCGAGAUCGCGUCGCUCUUCUCCAACAUGAAACUCAGCCAGACGACUGACAUUCGAGGCAUGGAGUUUGAGGACGACGCUUGCGAGGUGGAGUAUCACACACUGGAGCCGCCAGAGCACCCUCCGCUCAGCCGAAGGGGAAGCUACCCUGGCAGCGCCCUGGAGAACUCGCUCGGAUAUUUGCCAUAGAAUGAAAAACACAUUUCCGAUGCGUAUGUACGCAUCACGUCUCUAACGUACACUCAUAGUUAUAAUUAAAUGAAAUUCGAAUGAAGGAAAGCAUUUUAUAGUGUUCUCUCAAUAGAUUCAUUUCCGUCGUAAUUUGUGAGCUAGGAAUAAAUUAUUUAUUGAGAUUCUCUUAUCUAUUGUUUUUGAUUGCUUGAUUCAACAAUUGGGUCUGUAUUUCAACCUGACCUGUUUUCUGAUUAAUUUAUUUCAUAUAUGUAAAUAAAAGUGAAAAAAAUGUGAAUAGCAAA